GCAACCAGGAAGCGCAUCCCACCUCCAGCAGUGCAAGACCGCGAGAAACUGCAAAGUUCAGCGAUUGUUUGGCCACCAGAGAUGGACGUUCGGUGAUAAUGAAGACAGAUUUCAGAUUCUCCAACUUGCUUGGAACAGUAUAUUGUCAGGGUAACCUUCUGUUCAGUCCAGAUGGAACACACUUAUUCUCUCCUGUGGGCAACAGAGUGACAGUCUUCAACCUUGUCGACAACAAAUCCUAUACCCUCCCAUUUGCCCACCGUAAGAACAUCUCAAGGAUUGGCCUCACCCCCCAGGGCAACCUCCUACUCUCGAUUGACGAAGAUGGCCAUGCCAUUUUAACCAACGUUCCGCGACGGGUUGCGCUCUAUCACUUCUCGUUCCGAGCCCGUGCCACCGCCCUGUCGUUUUCCCCAUCCGGGCGCUACUUCGCCGUGGGACUAGGGCGGAAGCUGGAACUCUGGCAUGUCCCCUCGACCCCCGACUCAAAUGCUGAAGGCGAACUCGAGUUUGCGCCUUUUGUGCGAUACCACACCCAUACCGGCCAUUUCGACGACGUUCGACACAUCGAGUGGUCAACCGAUUCGCGCUUCUUCCUAAGCACAUCAAAGGAUCUCACAGCGAGGAUAUGGAGCUUGAACCCGGAAGAAGGAUUCACCCCCACAGUUCUGUCAGGCCACAGGCAAGCCGUUGUCGGCGCUUGGUUCUCCCAGGAUCAAGAGACGAUCUAUACUGUCAGCAAAGAUGGCGCAGUCUUCGACUGGCAAUAUACAGGGCCGCCGAAGCGGGACGAGGAUGAGAUGCGCGACGUUGAAGACUCAGACAUGCGGUGGAGGAUAGUCAACAGGCACUACUUUCUCCAACAUGGCGCUCACCUGAGGUGCGCCGCAUACCAUCCUGCUUCCAAUCUGCUGGUUGCAGGGUUUUCAAACGGGAUAUUCGGCCUGUACGAGAUGCCCGACUUCAACAUGAUCCACAGCCUAAGCAUAUCUCAAAACGAAAUCGACUUCGUUACCAUAAACAAAAGCGGGGAGUGGCUGGCUUUCGGGGCCUCCAAGCUGGGCCAGUUGCUGGUGUGGGAGUGGCAGUCGGAAUCCUAUAUCUUGAAACAGCAGGGUCAUUUUGACUCGAUGAACUCGCUCGUCUACUCGCCAGACGGACAAAGGAUCAUCACCACAGCCGACGAUGGGAAGAUCAAGGUGUGGGAUAUCGAGUCUGGCUUCUGUAUUGUGACGUUCACAGAGCAUACCAGCGGAGUCACAGCCUGCGAAUUUGCCAAGAAAGGAAAUGUCCUGUUUACGGCAAGUCUCGAUGGGUCAAUCCGAGCCUGGGAUUUGAUACGGUACAGGAAUUUCAGGACGUUUACGGCGCCGACAAGGCUGUCCUUCUCCUGUAUGGCGGUUGAUCCGAGCGGGGAAGUAGUUGCCGCCGGCUCGAUUGACUCCUUCGACAUUCAUAUCUGGUCUGUUCAGACCGGGCAACUCCUCGACCAGCUUUCCGGCCACGAGGGGCCGGUUUCCGCGCUGGCAUUUGCACCAAAUGGCGGCUUACUGGUUAGUGGAAGCUGGGAUCGGACGGCUCGGAUAUGGUCAAUAUUUAAUCGGACCCAAACGAGCGAGCCGUUGCAAUUACAGGCAGAUGUGCUGGACAUUGCCUUUAGGCCAGAUUCCCUGCAAGUCGCCGUGUCUACCCUUGAUGGACAGCUAUCCUUCUGGUCCGUGUCGGAGGCAGAGCAGACCUCGGGCAUCGAUGGCCGUCGCGAUGUCUCCGGUGGCCGGAAGAUCACCGAUCGGAGGACUGCGGCGAACGUUGCAGGAACGAAGAGCUUCAAUACCAUACGAUACAGCACAGAUGGAAGCUGCCUCGUUGCUGGUGGGAACAGCAAAUAUAUCUGCCUGUACUCGGUCACCACGAUGGUGCUUCUCAAGAAGUUCACCGUCAGCGUGAACCUCUCGCUAUCGGGAACACAAGAGUUCUUGAACAGCAAGUUGCUUACAGAGGCAGGGCCGGAGGGCCUCAUCGACGACCAGGGGGAGGCAUCGGAUCGAGAAGACCGGAUAGAUCGGUCGCUGCCGGGGUCCAAACGCGGAGACCCAUCAGCACGAAAGAGAAUGGCCGCAGUACGUGUCAACGGCAUCGCGUUCUCGCCGACGGGGACCGCGUUCUGCGCUGCGUCGACAGAAGGCCUGCUCGUUUACAGCCUCGACAACACGCUCCAGUUCGACCCCUUCGACCUCAACAUGGAGAUCACCCCGGCGUCCACCCUCGCCGUCCUGGACCAGGAAAAGGACUACCUGAAGGCCCUCGUGAUGGCUUUCCGCCUGAACGAAGCAGGCCUGGUCAAGCGCGUAUUCGAGGCCAUCCCGCACACCGACAUCGUGCUCGUGGUCGGGCACUUCCCCACCGUCUACGUCCCCCGCCUGCUGCGCUUCGUCGCGGCGCAGACCGAGCAGUCGCCGCACAUCGAGUUCUGCCUGCUGUGGAUCAAGGCGCUGGUCGACAAGCACGGCCCCUGGUUGACCGCGAACAGGAGCAAGGUCGACGUGGAGCUCCGGGUGGUGGCGAGGGCCGUGUCCAAGAUGAGGGAUGAGGUCAGGCGGCUUGCGGACGAAAACGUCUACAUGGUCGACUACCUGCUGGGUCAGGCUAGCAGUAGUGACAAGCAGGAAGAAACGAAGUCGCUGGAGUGGGAUUUGUCUAAAGCGUUCGGCACCAAGCUGCUGACCGGAAAGGAAAAGGGCUUGGGUGUGGAUGAUGUAGUCCAGGCACCUGUCGUGGUUGGCGAGGAUGAGUGGAUCGGAUUAGAUUAGAACUAGAGGCUUGCGUGUUUAUUCGUUAUGUACUGUACAUUCUGAUCCAAAA